GGCGGGUCAUGCAAACGUCAAAGCAAAACGUUUUUCGGAUUGCAGACGCCGCUUUUAGGAAAGUUUUUUGGCUGUUUUCUCUGGUUUUUCACAAAUUUUCGUGUUAAAUUGUGUGCAGACCUUGAGAUCCCAGAAUCAUGGAUAUCCGACCAAAUCACACAAUUUACAUCAAUAAUCUCAAUGAGAAGGUAAAGAAGGAGGAACUGAAGAAGUCUCUGUACGCCAUCUUCUCCCAAUUCGGCCAGAUCCUCGAUAUCGUGGCCAUGGCGACGCUGAAGAUGCGAGGGCAGGCUUUUGUGAUCUUUAAGGAGAUUGCCAGCGCCACAAAUGCGCUGAGAACCAUGCAAGGAUUUCCCUUCUACGACAAGCCCAUGAGGAUUCAGUAUGCAAAGACAGACAGUGAUCUCGUGGCGAAGAUGAAGGGCACAUUCAAGGAGAGGCCGAAGAAGGUGAAACCGCCGAAGGCCGUGUCGACUGAGGACAAGAAAGCAAAGAAAGCUAAGAAUGCCAACAAUGCUGAUGCUUCUGGAACAAAUGCUUCCAGUACAGCAGAGCAACCACCAAAUCAGAUCCUCUUCCUCACAAAUCUUCCAGAGGAAACCAACGAGAUGAUGCUCUCGAUGCUGUUCAAUCAGUUUCCGGGAUUCAAGGAGGUGCGACUGGUGCCUAAUCGUCACGAUAUCGCCUUUGUGGAGUUUGCCAGCGAAUUGCAGAGCAGUGCAGCGAAGGAGGCCCUCCAGGGCUUCAAAAUCACACCCACUCACGCGAUGAAGAUCUCAUUCGCAAAGAAAUAAGAUUGUAUUAUGACGAAAAUAAACCAUGGUAAAGCAUUGCA